AUAGCCGUGGCGCAGCGCUGCUUGUUGACAGACGUCUCAGCCGCCUGACGGGCCCCGGACUCCCUGCACCGCCGCCAUGUCCAUCUUCACCCCCACCAACCAGAUCCGCCUCACCAACGUGGCCGUGGUGCGCACCCGGCGCGCCGGGAAGCGCUUCGAGAUCGCCUGCUACCGCAACAAAGUCAUGGGCUGGCGGAGCGGGGCUGAAAAAGACAUUGAUGAAGUUCUACAGACCAACACAGUAUUUGUAAACGUCUCUAAAGGUCAAGUUGCAAAGAAGGAAGAUCUCCUCAAAGCUUUUGGAACUGAUGACCAAACAGAAAUCUGCAAGACGAUUUUAACAAAAGGGGAGUUGCAGGUAUCUGACAAAGAGCGACACACACAAUUGGAGCAGAUGUUUAGAGACAUUGCAACCAUUGUCGCUGAGAAAUGUGUGAAUCCUGAAACAAAGAGGCCAUACACAGUAAUCCUUAUAGAAAGAGCCAUGAAGGAUAUCCACUAUUCUGUUAAACCAAACAAGAGCACCAAACAGCAGGCUUUGGAAGUGAUCAGACAGUUAAAGGAGACUAUGCAGAUUGAGCGGGCUCACAUGAGACUGCGGUUUAUUCUCCCAGCAAAAGAGGGCAAGAAGCUCAAAGAGAAGCUCAAACCACUGAUCAAAGUUAUAGAGAGUGAAGACUUCGAUGAGCAGUUAGAAAUUGUAUGCCUCAUUGAUCCAGGCUGCUUCAGGGAGAUCGACGAACUGAUCCGGUGUGAGACUAAAGGGAAAGGCUCGCUCGAAGUGCUCAGUCUGAAAGAUGUGGAAGAAGGAGAUGAAAAGUUUGAAUAAAACCCUUCCACCAACUUCACUUUUGUGGCAAACACUAUAAAGAGGCAGCGUUAGGCCACCUCAUUCUGUUAAGGUUUUUGUUUUUCCAACCUAUUGCUGCCAAAUAAUUGCUGUCACUAGCUCUAUUUGGGAUUAUUCCAGGCCGUGUUUCCUUGCAUUUGUCUGGGUAACAAGUGCCUUUUAAUAAAGAGGGGUUUGAGUGUUCAAUAUGCACUAAGAAUAAAGUUAUAGGACUUAACAGUGAAAGGCUAUACUAGCUUCGUUUUGGUGUGGGUAUUGAUUAUAUUGGUGUUCAUCUGGGCCGAGCCCUUUUCCCUUUAAUUUAGUGCUGGGUGGAAGGCUGCAUAUAUCCCAGAGCCGUUUAUUGCGUAUGAGGAGAAACAUGCACAGGCAAAAGAACUAAAUGAAGUGUCACUCUUAAAACAGUGCAUAUAUUAUUAACCUUGUUUAAUGGCAGCAUUAAAUAUGAGUGACCUAGACUGCCACAUGCUAGAGAAAUUUCACUAUUUGUAAAUAGACCGUUCUUCUAUAUUUUAUUCAUGGGAUACAUGCAAAAUAUACAUCCUAACUUGGAGAAAAGUGUUCCCCUAAUUCAUUCUUUCAACUGUUAAAUGAAUUAUAAUAUAUACAUAAAGUAUUUUAUAGGAUCUGGCACUAGUGUAGUGGUCCUUUAUGCUUCUGCGAGGCUGAAGCUGUGCUCCCAAAAUAUGCAAAAAUUCCCUACUAAAAUAAACCUGAUCUAGACUAGGUAAAGGAAUCUGCUCCUUGAGAUAGACAAGCUCCCAGUGUACCUUAGUUUUCCCCUGCUGAACUUGUAUAUGUUCCUUUUCUUAUCCAAGAUAAAAGCCAAAAUGCUUUAAACUUCUCUAGUAUCUUCAUGUUAGACCCUUUGUGUGUCUUGCUGAUGUCCACACACACUUUCUACCAACCCACCUGCUGCAGAAGAUACAGCACUCUAAACUACUUUGCUAAAAUUACAGUACAGUUUUUCAAACAAGAUAGUAUAUGAAUAAUACAGCUAAGCAGCUCCAAGAAAUGUAUUCAUACUUCCUGAGGGAGAAUACAAAAUAGAGGGGAAAGAGUAAAUGAUACUAACUUGGCCUACCCAUCCAGGGAUUGUUCAAGGAUAAACAUGGAGUUUAAAUGGAGCCCCUGGCAUUAAACAUCAACUUCUGUGACAGUAGUAUGAUGCAGCAAAAUAUGCAUUAGUUGUUUGGUACCAUUUCUGUUUCCUAGUUUAGGGGAUGAGCUAGUACAGUGGUCACUUGCUGCCUCUUAGAGGGAAGUGGCAUAUGUAUUUUGUGACAAAGUUGUCAGCUGUCCUCUGAUUUGAUGCAUACAGUUUCUGUAAAGACCUAGAUGUUGUUAGCAAUAUCUGUUUGUUGUAGUUAUAAACUAACACACAAGUACCUAGCAAAGCCCCUCUGUGCCCCUCUCAGAAAUUUACCUCCCCUUUACUCUGACAGCCUGAGCUUGUUCAUGGGUCGGAUUGCAGGGGAGGCCAAUAAGAAAUUUAGAAGUACCCAAGUUGCAUUGGCGUUUAAGUCCCACUGAUAGUCAGUGGGAUAUGGGUUCCUUAGUCAUUAAGCAUUUUGAAAAUUGAAAUUACCUGUGUGAUUUUGCUGCCAUGUCUUCUUAUGUGGACAUACAUUAGACUAAGUGGCUAUACACAAACUAUACUGGUACAGUUAAGCUGGCACAUUUCCCCAUGUUGAUAAGCUCUUGAUUGUGCUCAUCUUUGAGAUGGUUGAGCACCAAAGAUACUUAUCAGUAUUAAUAUCCCCUUGAGAUUAACUGGGCAAUUCAUUAAUCUCAUCUAGUGUUUUGGGUUGCCUGCAGCUUCAGCCAUCACUGCAUCCAUAAUGAUUAGAGCAGUUUUUCUUUAGUGAUAAAGCUUAGUUUCUGAAGAGUAAACUUGGGAGCUAGCAGGCGAAAGAGGAGUUGCAGUAAUUUAGCAGAAUCCAGUUCACAAACUUGCUAAGAAGAUGGGGGGGAGAGAGAGUCUAUUUCCCUGUAAAGCCUUCUCCUGGAUUUGGGUGAACUUUUCAGGUGUUUUUUCUUAGUAGAGGGAGUUCCUUUUUGAUUUUUUUGUAAUUUAUGUACAGUUGGUUUGUUUAGUAUUUAUGGGUCAGGAAGAAUGGCAGACAGGUAUCAAAUAAAACGUAUUAAAGUUGUUGA